AUGUCGUUCGACCAACUCUCGUCGCUCGAGGCGGGGCGGCGCCGCGGCGGCGGUGGCGGCAGCGGCAGCAACCCCGGGUUCAGCGAUGACCCCGAGUUCCAGCGGCUAUCGCAGGACCUAAUGAACAAGAUCUUCCGACUCAACGGCAACAACCAGCGGCUGAGCGGCGAGGUCGGGCACCUGGGGACGCGGCGAGACACGCCGCGGGUGCGGGAGCGCGUGCAUGAGUUGCUCGAGGAAUCGCGCGACCUGUUCAAGGAGGUCGGCGAGGGCGUCAAGAAGAUCCAGACGUGGGAGGAUGUCACGCCGACACAAAAAUACAUGCAGCAGAAGCUGUCACGCGAGUUCCAGACGGCGCUGUCCGAGUUCCAGAACCUGCAGCGGCAGGCGCUCGAGAAGGAGAAGGCGUCGGUGACGGCGGCGCGGGCGACCAUCGAGUCGGAGGGGGCGGGCGAGGCCGGCAGCCCUCAACUGCUCGACCACCAGCAACAGCAGCAGUUGCAGCAGCAGCAGGAGCUGACGCGGCUGGCGCCGCAGGACGACGUCGACUUCCAGGAGGCGCUCAUCAUCGAGCGCGAGGAGGAGAUCCGCAACAUCGAGCAGGGCGUUGGCGACCUCAACGUGCUCUUCCAGCAGGUGGCGCAGAUCGUCACGGAGCAGGGCGAGGUGCUCGACACCAUCGCCAACAACGUCGAGAACGUCCGCGAGGACACGCGCGGCGCCGACCGCGAGCUGCGCAGCGCGGCGAGGUACCAGAAGAACGCGAGGAGCAAGGCCUGCUGUCUGCUUCUCAUACUGGCCGUCAUUCUCACCAUUGUCCUUCUGGCCAUCUUCUUGGGCUGA